CGACCAGGAAACUUGGUUGCUUUCCCUCAGCCAUAACAACUUUUCAAUAAGACAACUCCUACCGAUGAAAUAUCGACAAUCGGAAAUCUAGAACCUCUGCCUGUGCGAACAUAUUGCUUAUGAAGCACCAUCUCAGGGAUAGCUUCUGAAUGUACAACCUGAUGUCAUAGUUUGCGACGCGACGAAGCGAGAUGCUCAAAUCGACACACACACCAUCGGCAGCCGCUCUGGCACCGCUUCCUCCAGGAUGGAGCGAGCAUACCGCGCCGACUGGACAUACAUACUAUUAUAACGCUGAAACAAAAGAAUCAACAUACAAGCGUCCAGGAGUCCAGCCGCCUCCACAGCCGGCGCAACCACAAGCUCCCGCAUAUCCUGGGUAUGGCUCAAUACCAUACUUAGCCGAUCCCAACGUCGCCAAUGCCUACAUGGCACAAUUCAAUCAAGAUAAUAAUGGGCAAAGGCAUAAUAAUAGUUCACGAGGUGGGCAUGGAGGAGGUCGUGGAGGCUUCGAAGGUCGACCGCGUCCACAGCCUGUUGACAAGCCGAGGAGAAAGGAGCCGAUCCCAGGUUGUGAACCAUGGAUUCUCGUAUAUACCAAGUACUCGAGGCGCUUCGUAUACAACCCUGUCAAGAAUGCCAGCUACUGGCGCAUACCGGAGAAGUUGAUGCCUGCCAUUUUGGAGCUUGACAAGGCCCGGCUACGGCAGAAAGCCGCAGGAGAGAAUCAAGAAAAGGAGCAUAAGCAAGAUGAAAAGCGAGAGAAGCAAGCAGUACCACAAAAGAAUGACGCCCCAGUGGCAGGUUUGGACGACGAUAGCGAAUAUGAGGAGGUCGAGGUGACGGAUGACGAAGGGGAAGGUGAAGGCGAUGAAGAACAUCCCUCCAAACGGCAACGGACUGCAGAUCCUGACGCAGACGAAGACGUACCCAUGGAAUUCACAGAAGCUGAUUUUGCAGCUCAAUUACAGGCCAUGGGAGACGAUUACGGCCUUGAACCAGGCGACUACGACGACGGAAACGCUGAAGAAUGGCCUGAAGGUGCUGAGGGAGUGCCUCUAUCCGAAGAUGACGCGAAAUACCUGUUCAAAGAUCUCUUGAACGACUUCAACAUCAACCCAUACAGCCCGUGGGAGAAACUCCUGGAGGAAGGCAAAAUCAUCGAUGACUUGCGAUAUACAGCACUCAGCACUACGAAAGCACGUCGGGAUUGCUGGGACGAGUGGACGCGUGAGAAGAUCGCGGAGUUGAAGGAGCAACGAGCCAGGCAGGAAAAGCGGGAUCCUCGUAUUGCUUACAUGGCAUUCCUGCAAGAAAAGGCGACGCCGAAGCUGUACUGGCCCGAGUUCAAGAGAAAAUACAAGAAAGAGGACGUCAUGAAAGAUCACAAGAUCACCGACAAGGAUCGCGAGAAGGCAUAUCGAGAACACAUUGGUCGCCUCAAAAUGCCCCAGUCCAAACUCAAGUCCGAUCUUACUGCCCUGCUCAAGGCCCAGCCGGUGCACUUACUAAACAACAAGUCGCUAUCUACCGGCUUACCCGACCCGGUCCUCACCGACAUUCGCUUCAUAUCCCUCGAGCCCAAGAUCCGCGAUCCUCUGAUUGAGGCUUACGUGAGCAAUCUGCCUCCCCCACCAGAGGACCUUGAUGCAGCCAAGGACGACGAAGAGCAGCGAAAGCAGCGCGAGUCACGCGAGAAGCGUGAGAAGGCACUGGAGGAGAGAAACCGCGUGGUGGAGGAACAGAAAAAGAAGCGCGAUCGAGAGGUGGCGGCUAGUAAAGCCCGAUUGAGAGAUGAAGAAAGGGAGUUGGAGAUGGCCAUGAAGGUAGGAAAGCAAGGAUUGCAGAGCCAGUUGGCCAGCAUGAAGGUUGCAGAAAAGGAACCAUGAUAUUGGGGAAAAACAGAUCUUGUAUCUGCAUAUGCAUCUAUCUCGUAUAUCUAAUUCUAGCGACCAACCGUGGUCGGUUUGUGUCCAUAUAGACAAUCACAGCCCAUACAUGAAAGUCAACUUCUUGUCUGCGUA